UCCAGUAAGAUGCAAAAAUUACUAAUAAUUUUAAUAAUAAAAAUCGUCAUAUUUGCAGUAAAAUCGCAACAUGACAAUAUUAUUCAUCACCCUUCUAUUUGGCGCGAAAACAACACUAUGAAGGACGUACGGAGUCAGUUGGAAGCAUUAAAAGUAGUUAAUGAAAAUUUGGGUCUAAAAUUGGACAUGUACAAUAUGAGAUUGAAUCAAGAGAUGAAAGGUUUAUACAAUGAAAUGGAACAGCAUUUUUCGAAGCUAUUGCAUUUAAGUGAAAAUUUUAUUAAAUCAGCUAAGAUAAAUGAUUGCACUUCAUCUAUUGACUUACGCGGCGAUUUUGAUUUUUCAGAUGUGGAUUGUCGGCCCUAUACCACUAAAAUGAAAUAUCAAAAACAACUACCAAAGAAUUGUGCUGAGGCACUACAAUCUAAUAAUAAUAAAUCUGGAAUUUACAAGAUUUACAUACCUGAUUCAGAUCUGAAGCCGUUCUAUGUUUAUUGCCUAAACGAUCCAAAUAAUGGAACCGCUUGGACGGUAAUUCAACGUCGCCAAGAGGGUGGAAUUGAUUUUUCGUUGAUUCGUGAUUGGAAAACGUACCAAAAAGGUUUUGGUAAUUUGAAUGGUGCAUUUUUCAUUGGUUUAGAGAAAUUAAAUGUCAUAACUCAAUCUGAACUACAUGAAUUAUGGUUUGAUAUGGAAGAUUUCGAAGGAGAGAAACGUUACGCAAAGUAUGAUUCAUUUGCGAUAGGCGAUAACUCCACUCAGUAUGAUUUAAAAAUUUUGGGAAAAUAUAGUGGAAAUGCUGGUGAUUCAUUCACUUUUCAUCAAGGUAUGAAAUUUUCAACACCUGAAGUUGACAAUGAUCUCGCGGAAAACAAUUGUGCUGAUGCGUUUAAAGGUGGUUGGUGGUAUGCAGCUUGCCAUGCCAGCAAUUUGAAUGGUAAAUAUUUGAGAGGCAAAUUUAAUGAAUCGCUAUACGCAACCGGCGUAAUUUGGCACUCCUGGCAUGGACAUUAUUACUCUUUAAAGAACGUUGUAAUGGCUAUUCGACCAAUAACUUAAAACAAAAUUAAAUGAAUUUUUUCCAAAUUUAAAUUUUCCAUAAUUAUUGGUUUUUUUAUAAUUUUCAACUUAUUUACUAUUUGUAUUGAACAAUAAGUAACAUUUUUAAUCAAUUUGAA